GCAAACAAGCAGCUGAGUGGCACCACAAAUCGUCACAUGUAUUUUACUCAUUCAAUAAUCCUGUUAGCAAAUAUUUAUUGAAAACUUACUAGGUGUCAGGUGUCAUUCUUACCCUACUGGGUGCUGGGGAUACCAAAUGAGCAAAACCAACCUGAUCUCUUAAGGAGAUCACAGACUGACGUAGGCUAUGGAAUAAACGCAGAACUAUUUAAUUAUAAAACUUAUUAUAAACAAUGAGGGAAACAUCAGGGUACUGUGAGACAGCUAGUGAUUUUAGGACUCCUGAGCUGUGUGUGUAGAAAACUCUGGAGUUAAGAAAAGAUAGAAUAUCUGUGUCUAUGAAGAGUUUAGAAAACAAUAUCAAUUCAUUAAUAUUUUGACUUAAUCCCCGUAUAAUAAAGCUUUAUUAUCUCCAAGCCAUGUGCGAGAUCAUGUGUAAUUUGUAUGUGUGUGAGAGAGAGAGAGUGAGAAAGAAUGGUGCAAAGGAAGGUCCCUUUGAAAAAUCAUUUAAACUCUCGAAGGAGCCCGAGGGCUCACACCAGCUAAUCUCUGUCAUGCUUUCCAGCACCCCCUCUCCUCUCAUCAUAACUUGUGAUCUUAGAGGCAUGAAAGAAUUUGAGCCCCUCCUCCAGCCUGACCAUCUCUGCUGGCUGCUCAGCCAGGCUUCAUGUCCAAUCCAGUUUGAAGCACAAAGCCGAGAACACGCAGGAGGCUGUGGGCCUGAAGGAAGGAAGGUUCCUCACCCGGUGGCCAUGGGUGGUGACAGCGGGCAGGCUGGCUUCCACACCUAUAAAUCUUUAGCUGAGGUUGGCCCCUGUGGCUCCAUGCAGCCGCCUGAGAUGCCCCGGGGCAGACUGAUCAUGCACAGCAUGGCCAUGUUCGGCCGGGAGUUCUGCUAUGCGGUGGAGGCUGCUUACGUGACCCCAGUCCUGCUCAGUGUGGGUCUGCCCAAGAGUCUGUACAGCAUGGUGUGGCUCCUCAGCCCCAUCCUGGGGUUCCUGCUGCAGCCCGUGGUUGGAUCAGCCAGCGACCACUGCCGGUCCAGGUGGGGCCGCCGGAGACCCUACAUCCUCACUCUGGGCAUCAUAAUGCUUUUGGGUUUGGCUCUGUACCUCAACGGGGACACUGUUACAUCAGCUUUGAUUGCUAACCCAAGGAGGAAGCGGGUUUGGGCCAUAAGCAUCACCAUGAUAGGUGUGGUUCUCUUUGAUUUUGCUGCUGACUUCAUUGAUGGGCCCAUCAAAGCCUACUUAUUUGAUGUCUGCUCCCAUGGAGACAAGGAGAGGGGCCUUCACUACCAUGCCCUCUUUACAGGUUUCGGAGGUGCCCUGGGUUACAUUCUGGGUGCCAUAGACUGGACCCAUCUGGAACUGGGAAGAGUCCUGGGCUCCGAAUUCCAGGUCAUGUUCUUCUUCUCUUCCCUGGUGCUCACUCUGUGCUCUAUUAUCCACCUGUGCAGUAUCCCCGAAGCCCCACUUAGAGAUGUUGCAAAGGACCUUCCUCCCCAGCACCUUCUGUUGCCAGAUGGAAAGUACGAGUAUGGUUCUAUCGAGAAAGUUAAAAAUGGUUUUAUAAAUCCAGAGCUGGCAAUGCAGGGAGAAAAAACCCCAAAUCCUGCUGAACAGACUCGUAGAGCAAUGACCAUGAAGUCACUGCUGAGAGCGCUGGUGAGCAUGCCUCCGCACUAUCGCUGCCUCUGCAUCAGCCACCUCCUGGGAUGGACUGCCUUCCUGUCCAACAUGCUCUUCUUCACAGAUUUUAUGGGCCAGAUUGUGUACCAUGGGGAUCCCUACAGCGCACACAACUCCACCGAGUUUCUCAUCUAUGAGAGAGGCGUCGAGGUGGGGUGUUGGGGCUUGUGCAUCAACUCCAUCUUCUCCUCACUUUAUUCUUACUUGCAGAAAACUAUGGGAUCCUACAUUGGAUUAAAGGGUCUUUACUUUCUGGGAUAUUUGCUGUUUGGCCUGGGGACAGGAUUUAUCGGGCUCUUCCCAAAUGUCUACUCCACCCUGGUGCUGUGUGCCAUGUUUGGUGUCAUGUCCAGCACCCUGUACACCGUGCCCUUUAACCUCAUUGCUGAGUACCACCGUGAGGAGGAGGAGGAGAGGCAGCAUGUUCCUGGAGGCGCUCCAGACGGCAGCGGGAGAGGGAAGGGCGUGGAUUGCGCCGCCCUCACCUGCAUGGUGCAGCUGGCACAGAUCCUGGUCGGAGGUGGCCUGGGCUUUCUGGUCAACAUGGCUGGGAGCGUCAUCGUCGUGGUCGUGACAGCCUCCUCCGUGGCACUGAUCGGCUGUUGCUUCGUGGCUCUCUUUGUUAGAUAUGUGGAUUAG